AUGUCCUCCCCCUCCACCCGCUCCACCUCCCGCCCGCAGCGCAAAGAGCGUCAAACGCGGCUACAAGAGCACCUGAGGACUGUGAAAGGUCCGGGAGGCGGGAGGAGCGCGAGUCCUGCUUCUGCUUCGGCGCCGAAGGGUGCGCAGAGGGGACGGGGGGCGGGUGCGAAGGACGUGGAGGAGCAGGAGGCACAGGAGGAGGCUGGGGAGGCGAAUAAGGCGGGGAGGCCGAGGAGGAGGGCUGCGCAGAGGGUCGUGAUGAAGGAGGUCGAGUCGAGUAGCGAGUCGGAGCAGGAUGACGCGGGCACCGAGCAGGAGGAGGAAGAGGAAGAGGUUGAAGAGGAGGAGAAGAAACCCCGCCGUGGGGCGUCAAGACGGACGAAGAAGCGACCCUCGCCGCAGCAGGAGAGCGACGACGAGCUUGCUCCCGCUAUCAAGACCUCGGUGUCGACUCCCGCCCGCCCUUCUACCUCCGCCCGCAAGUCGCCCUCGAAGCAGCCUCCGCCCUCCUCUGCGCCGGCGAGCAAACGCAGGCGUGAGCCGAGCAACCUCGACCUGCGGAAUGUCGAGGAGAUGGAUGCGGCGGAGGUCAAGCGCAGGCUGGAAAAGGAGAAGAGCGAGUUGAUGGCUCGGCUUUCGCAGCAUGGCAUCGUCCCGCAGGCAGACGUCCUCGAUCGCGCCCUCCGCAGCAUGUCGAGCUCAAACGAAAAGCUCACGGUCGACGGCUUCCUCCGCUCGCUCUCCUCGCUCGACGCCAACGUUUCGCCUAUCGCCGCCCAACAGCGCCCGACUCAGCCACCCGCACUCACGGUGAGUGUCCAAGCGGCCAACUCGGCUGCGAACGGCAAGAAGGUCUCGUUCAACACGCUCGCAUCGCCUUCGACCCCUUCGUCUGCCGAACGUACGGCGUUUCUCUUCCCGAGCCCGUCUCAGCAGGCGUCCGCGACGCUUUUGCCUCCGACUCAGCCCGGCUCGCUCCUCCCGCCUGCGCCAGCGUUCGGCGACCCGCAAACCAAGCCCACGCACCCCGGCGCCGCUCGUGCAGCCCGCCUCUCAGCCUUCGCCAGCCGUUCCUUCUCCGCGCCAGAUAUCCCCACGCUCAACACGCUGCAGACGGCGGUUCCAAGCGGCUUGUCCAUCCCUCCUCCGCUUCCCUCGCCGAGCGCCGCAUCCGGCCUCGUCGCCACCUCCGUCGCAGGAAUGGGCCGAGUCGCCCUUUCGCGCCGCAGCAUGUUUGGCUCGAUUGGCUCCGACGCGAUGCAGCAGUCGCUCUCGUCGCCUGUCGAAGCCGUUCCGCCGCAAGGUCUCCUCCCCGCCUUCAGCAACACAUCGUCCUCCGCGCUCCGCCAGUCCCGCUCGAGUCCGAUCAAGCCCUCGAGUACGGCUGCGAAAGUCCACUCGGACGCUUCGAGGCUCUUGAAGCUCCAGUCGUGGCUCGACGAUGAUGGCGAGACGACCGAAGACGAGGACGAGAAGCGGUCUGGAGCGGCUGUGGCGGCUGAAGCGACGUUCAAAGCUGUCGCUGCCAAGUCGGCCAUUGCGUCGGUCCCGCCUCCGAAGGGGAUGAAGAUGGUGGAUGUCCCGGCGAGCGACGACGAGGAAGGCGGUCCUCGCAUGCGUGUCGGAGGCAAGAGCGUCCAAGUCCUCCGCCAGUCGCACAAGCGCCAGCUCGACGACCACGUCGACGCCUCGAGCAUGUCGACCAGGAUGUCGACUCGCUCGGCUGUCAAGGGCAAGGGCAGGGCUGUUGCCGAGUGCGUCUGCGGCAAGCAAGCCGAGGGCAACCCGAACGCGGUGCAGUGCGCCGAAUGCGACGUCGCAUUCCACCUUUCCUGCCUCAACGUCGCUUCGGCUCGCCAGCUCGCCUCGCCCUGGGUCUGCAACCGCUGCGCGAUCGCGGGACAGUCCGCAGCGGAGAACGUGCAGACGACGCCUCGCAUGACCACGAAGCGAGUCCGCAUCGGCACCAACUCGACGCCGCACAUUUUGUCCGAGCCGACCUUCGUCGCCUCGACGCCCGUCUCGGCCCCUCGCAGCAACAACUUCUCCUUCGCGAUGGACAUCGCACUCGCUCCCUCCCCGACCGCCUCGCCCGUCCGCCGCUUCACCUCCGCUGCUGCGCCGACAAGUCCGCCGCCGAACAAGCACCUCGUCAUUCCCGUCACGCCUCAGUUCGGCGACGCGACCAUCCGCGCGCCAGGCGACUACUCGCCUACUUCGCCGCAGAACUCGCGCGUCCGUGCAAACCGCACGAGGAUGAUCAGCAACGGCGCGGGUGGCUUCCUCGGUAGCGAGUGGCUGCAUGGCUGGGACGGUCAUGCGUACGAGCAGGGCGCACACCCGGCGCCUGCUCCGCCGAACGCUCUGAACGGAUUCGUCGAGGAGGACUGGCCGUUGCCAGUUUGGAGCGACGUGACGAUGACGCCUUCGCGCGCCCUCACCAACUCGACUCCCGCCACCUCGACUUCCUCGUCGGCAUGGGACACGCCCUUCGCCCACUCGUCCGCCCAUCCGUCGUCGCAGAGCCGGCGAUCGAGCGCGACGUUUGGCCACCCAUCCGCCUCGACCGGCCACUUCCGCACGCCUUCGCAAGACCUCCUCGCCGCGCUCGACCGCGACCACCACUCUCCCUCCGCACACCACACCUUUGCGCAGCGACUCUUCGGCAGCGCCGGACCCGCCGCAGAUCACCAGCACUAUGCUCACGAUCCGGCGGCUGCACCCUUCUCCUCGCCUACUACCCGCCCCAUCUCGCCGCUUAACCCCCGCCGCCAACUCCAACACGGCUAUGCUCAGCACCGCCGCCAGCCCUCGUUCGGCGACGGUCUCGGCAGGCCAUUCUUCCCGCCGCACUCGCCUCCCACCGCGCACUCGUUCGUCCCCGGUCUCGCGCACGAGCGCAUGGCUCUCUCAGCGUCCAUGAAGGUCUCGCACUCGGCUCCUGGCGGACGCAUUGCACCAGGCGGGCUGAUGGCUUCGCCUGGCGGGUACGGUGGAGACGGCUUUGAUGACCUCCUCCUCUAG